AUGGAAAAGAAACAAAAUGAAGUUUUAUUUCCUUCUCUCCAAAAGCUGGAUGGACUUUGCCGAUUGUUGCUGUCGAGGGAAAGCUGCGGAGACACCCGAGAGCAUAUUUUGAAUAAUGGCCUUUGGACCCACACGAUAUUCCCCGCGGCAUUUUGUGCCCUCGCGGGGGCCCCCCUCGGGGCCCCCUUGGGGGCCCCCUUGGGGGCCCCUGGGGGGCUCUGUUUGGGGAGAGAUAGUUCGGAAAAGUUGCAAAAAAGAAUUGAAAAAGUUCUGCAAAUUGAAAACUGUAAUGACACUUUGCUGCAGCUCUGCUGCGACCUCCUUUCGGAAGCUGUGGGCAUUCCCGGGGCUCCGGAAAGGUCUCAUCUGCUGCCGCCCAGCGGGCAGGCAGCAGCAGCAGCAGCAGCAGCUGCUGCUGCUGCUGCAGCGGGCGAAGUCCAGAGGGCUGCAGAGAAGCUUCUGGAGCUCCCAAGUGAUGAAAUGAUUCUUUUUAUUGCCAAACAAAUCAAAAGGUUUCCCCUCGGGCUGCUGGCCGUGGCCCGCAGCAGACAGCCCACGCAGCGAGAUCUGCCCCACUGGCAAGAAGCUGCAGCAGAAACGCAUGCAGCAAAGCCCACUGACAUCUCCGAAAUGCCUUUUAUUCCUCAAGUGUUGACAGUUUCUCCCUUUUGGGUGGCGGAGCCGCAGCAGAAGCGGCGCAGCAGCGCGAGCGCUGCGCCGGACUUGAACGCGAAACGCCGCGUCGAGGAUUCCUUGCUGAAACUGCGGAUUCCACUGGAAACCGCCGACUCCGAAGCAAUUAAUAACAAAAUUAAUGCAGAUCAAGCACAAAUUAAUUCAGUUGAAAAGGCAAUUACGCCGUUUCCCACGACUUUCUGGCUCUGCAACGACCGGCUCAGUGCCCAGAUCUCGGAAGUUGAACUGACGGGGUGGAUGAAGGAAAUGGAAAACGGGCUUUUGGCGCAAGACGAGGAAAUUCAAUUGAAACUUAUUCAUGAUAACAUUCGUUUUAUUGCACUUCGCUGGCUCUUAGUCCCGAAAUUCAUGCUUUCGCACUUCUACGCGGCCAACCGCCGCUGCGCCGACUGCAGUGUACAUACACCUGAAGGUCUGAUCUUUUCGGAUUUCGAAAAGAUGAACCGGAAGGGCUGCGACUCAAAAGAAGCCGAAGAGCCGGGGAAAACGGAAGAGACCACUGGCCUUUCUGAAAAGGAAAAAGAAGCAGAAGAGUUGAACAAGUGCAGCAAAUGUUUUCUCUGCAGCUGCCGGCUCUGCAGGCUCAUGCAGUGCCUCAGACUGCGAGGAAUGGGCGGCCUUUUGAACUUCUGCAGAAUCAGAUGUCUCCACAUGCAAUAUGCCUAUCAUUUGGUGUGCCCCACGACUCUGGGGAACAUGAUGGACGAAUUGUUCAAACUUCAUUUGCAAACUGAAUAG